UUCUCUGCUUCUCCCUCCCCGCUCCCAACCUCCACCCUCACCCCGGCCCCCAGUGCGCAUGCCAAGGAGGAAGCUCCCUUGCUCUACCCCCUCCUCUUCCUGGCACUGAGUCCAGGGGGGGAGGGAGUUGAGUGAGACAGGCACUGGGGGGGUGGGGGUGGAGAGCACCAAGGAUCUCCUGCACCCUGACCCCCCACCCCACGCGCCCGCUGCAGGGGGCACCACCCUGAGCCCCCCUCCGGGGAGGGGCGUGACGACAGAUUGGAGCCUGCAGCUGCUGCUGGGGAGGGGGCACCAUGAACCAAGGUGUUGGCUAGUGUGGCUGGAGAGUGGGCGUGAGCUCACCAGACUGGGCACUGCCUGGACCCCAGAAGAAAGGCUGCUUGGACUAUGAAUGCCAGAAGGGAGUGUGCCCACCCUUAACGCCGCCUGCCGCGAGGUUUGCAGCCAUGAGCAGGUGCCCAAGCGCUGAGGGAGCACAAUGAAUGGCGGCGAUGAUUGCUGUGGUGUGGAUCGAGGUGGGCGCCCAGCAGUCGCACCUGUGCCCGUGGGCUGGCAGCGCAGGGUGGAAGAGGGCGGGGUGCGCUAUAUCAGUCCUAGUGGCACAAACCUGGCUUCAUUGGAGCAGACUCGUGCGUACCUGCUGGCGGACGGCACGUGCAAGUGUGGCCUGGAGUGUCCCCUCAAUGUGCACAAGGUUUUCAACUUUGACCCAGCAGCCAUGGUGACAGGCAGCGAAGGUGCCAAGGGAGACGAGGACAUGACCAAGCUGUGCAACCACCGCCGGAAAAUUGUGGCAAUGGCUACCCUCUAUCGCAGCAUGGAGAGCCACGGACCGCUCAGCCUGCCACACCUGGGGCCAGGGGCCCUGAGCCAGCCGUCUCAGCCACCCACCCCAGGACCCAGCAGUCGCCCACAGCAGACUCUUCCCAGAAAAGCACCUGCUCCCUUGGCCAAGGUCCCGGAACCCUACCUGCAGUGCCCUUCCGAUCGCUACAGCAACACCUGGUCCGGCCAGAGCUCCUCUUUUCCACAACACCACAACGCCCUCUUCGGGGACGUCUUCCCAGGGCGCCUGCCUGCCACCACCAACGGCAACACCCGCCUGACCUUCCCCGCUGAAAUGAACGCUGCUGGGGGUUCCUUUGUACCAGGCAAGGCUCUCUUGGAUGCAACGCCCCGGCCCUAUCCCUCAAGUGGGCUUCUCUUCUCCUCACCAGACGAGGCGGUUCCAGGCCAAGGUAGCAGCCCCUGGAACAGCCGCCCGGUCCCUCUGGGGUCACAGACAAGCGCCACAGGCUCGCCUGCUCCCACCACCCUCUCCUCCGUUUCCUCCCCAGCAGGCAGCGCCGAGCCUUCCCCGCAACGCUCUCGGCAUUCCUCUACUUCCUCGGAGCAGGGCCUCGUCGGACACCGGUCAGCUCCCAAACCCUCCGGCUUGGACACAGGGCCCCCGGCCAACGCCUUAAUCAACCAAAGCAGCAAUAACCUGCCCUCAGUGCCCUUAGGAGUUGCCCCCGAAGGCAAAGGACCGCCCGGCCUGCUGCUCCUUCACCCACAGGGCCCAGGCUCUUUCCCAGCCAGUAGUUUGUUGAGCGCAGCCGCCAAGGCCCAGCUGGCUAGCAGGGGGCGUCCUGACGAGCUGGCCGUCAGCACUUUACCCAGCCGCUUGCUGCUCUCCGUGGUGGGCGGGCGGCCACCUCGGCGCCAGCACCGCUCCCCCACUGUCCUGCGCCUGCUCAAGGACUCCCAUUCGGGGCAGGCUGCGGCUGCCCAUUCUGAGGAGAUGCCGACCCGACAACCCCGGCCUCAGGACCAGCCGCCAGUGGGAGAGGCCAAGAAUGGACCCCCGAACUCAGCAGCUCAAGUUCAGCCGCUGUCAUCCCUGCUCAGCCUGCUCGGCCCUCCUGUGAGCUCGCCCACCCCCGGGCUCCCCCUGCUUCCCCCAACCCCUACCGGUGACAGCCCCGGACCAUUGCCUUCCUUUCAGGACUUCAACAGCCAGCUCCUCAGUCUCUUUGGACAGCUGGCCUCAACGUCUUCCGAACAGAUCUCAGGGAGCCCCCCGCAGCCAAAACCUUCCGUCUCCCCACUUGGUCCUCAUGGCCCCCAAGGUGCUGCCUCUGUGUCGCCUUUGACCCCCAAAACCCCUCCGGUGCCCAGCCCCAUCGCUGCCCCCACCGGUGCCAUGGAAGGAGGAGGCCUGGGCUGCCCGCUGUCCUCGGGCGCCGAUACUUUCCCCUUUCUAGCACAGGAACAGGCGCUGCCAUUUGGGAACGCUCUACCUCCGGGGCUACUCCCACUGGGCUCCUUCCCAUUCUCUCUCACUCUGGGCCCUGAGACACCCCUUCCUCCGAUUAGCCUGCAGGGGGAGCCAGAGGGACACCCCUUGCUGCCUCUGGUGCUGCCUGGCUUGGAUUUGCUGCAGCAACCGAGUGGACUGUUGGCAUCACUGCUGGCGUUGCCAGGGGCGCCGUGUGAGGGUGAGAGGGAAGCAGGAGCAGCGACCACAGAGCCCCUGCUGGAGCCGUUUGCCAGCCUCCCUGAAACUCUACAGCCUCUGCUUUUCCCAGCACUUUCAACCCCUCCAGCUGUCCUAGCUUUAAACUCAGCACUGUUGGCAACCAGCCUGGGCCCUUCGGAAACAGGGCCAGGCCCUACGCAGACUGGGCUGGCUAGCACUCCUGUGGCACCUACCUCCACUAGCACGACAUCGACGACUACUGAGGGCACCACCCCGGGCACCCCCAGCCCCUCAGGGAGGCUCAACCCCCUGAUGCCCCAGCUUGUCAACCCACUGCUGAGUACCACACUUCUGGGUGAUCUGUCGGCGCUGAACUCAGCCCCAGGGCCCUCCUUGAUUGGCAGCCCCCUGCUUCAGGCCCAGCAGCCCCUCCUGCCCCCCAACCUGCAAGGGCCUCUGGGACUCCAGCUUUUCCAAGGACAGCUGCCCCUCCUAGCAGGCUCCAACCCCCUGGCCUGCCUGCUCCAGAGCUUGCAACUGAGCCCUGGCUUUGGCGCCCCCGAGAAGCCAGUGCUGCCAAGCGAAGCUCCAGCCACCACGUUGCCCAGCGUCCCACCCGCACCAGAGACAGAGCCCAGCCACAGCACUGUGUUGCCCCCCUGCACGGACACUGCCCCCAUAAGUGCCUUAGAGACGCCCAGUAGCACCCUCGAGCCAGCCAGGCAAGGACCACAGGAGGCCCCUCCGGGGCAGGAUGCCAGCGGCUCCCCCUCCCCCCUGAAGCGAACCCGCCGCAGCUCAGAAGAGCUGAAUGGGGAUUCGGGCGGCAGCCUCCCACGUGGACCAGGGCGGGGCGGCAAGUCUGGACGGCGUGGCGGAGGGCGGGGCAGGGGCAGACGGCACUUCAACGGUCAGCUCCCGGAGUUGGGCACGGGGCACCUGUCCCAUCCCGCCUGGCGCUGCAAUGGAGAGAUGGUGGCCAGCAGCACAGAUAGCCAAGCAGGGGCAUUCGCUGUGCAGGAGAUCAAGGGCCCUCCCGGAAGGCAACCAUCCCGACGUGGCCGGAGAAGGAAAAGCAGCGGCUCCCAGCCUAGUGCCCGACCUGAGCCUACGCGGAUCCGGGGUCCUAGUGCAGAUCCAGGGCCCAGCCCAUUGGUUGACUACACUGUUGUGCGGCGGCCACGGCCCGGUCGGCCAGCCAAAAACAGGAGGAGGAAACUGCCAACCUAGCAGCACCGCUGGAACCGAGGGGGCUUCCACCACUGUCGACAUCUACGCAAACAGAGCCUUAGGACAUCCCACCAGCUUCUGACUCUCUCCUCCCGCCCUGCCCCUCCGAUGCAUCUCUGCUGCCCAGCCCCUGCGUUGCACACGUGCCUGGGUGGGAUUGGGGGGGUGGUGAGGGGAAGUUCCAGCCAGGUGGAGCUGCCGUCGCUGCUGCUGGGCUCUAGGCGCCUUAGCCAUGAAUGUGUUGUAGCUUCACCAGUUGCCUGGGUCCCGAAUCUCUCCAAGGGGUGCCCCUGAAAGCACAAGGUGCAGCUCUGCUCUUAGCAUUAUCCGGGAGGGGGGAGGGUAGGGGAAGGGCAAAAGGGGCACAAGAGCUGGACACACCCAUAGCACUUCGGGAAGCCAUUUUUGCAGCAUUCGGGGUGUGUGGGGGGAAGCGGAGUGGCCUCUUUUGCCUCCCCCACCCUGGCUUGCAGAUCUCCCCAUCCUGGCAAAUCCACCCCCUCCCCCGUUCGGUCUCAGAACCUCUGCAGGAGUAGCAAGGGCUGCGCGCUCCGGGAAGGGGCGACCCGUGCCCUUUCGCUUCCCACCUUACCUCAGACCUGCGUGCGCCACAGCACCCGGGUAAGAACCGGCUCAGGGUUUUAAUACAAGAAAUCGGUCUCGUUCUCUCCCCCUUUCUGCCUCGCCAAAUAACCCACACGCAAAAGAAUUCCUGGCCUCAGUGCUAAAGGUACAAAGCAAUAAGGAGAAUAAGCCACGCUCGCUCAGGGAGGACCCGCUCCCAUCGACAGCUCGGCAACUCAACCCACACACAUCCCACAACACGGUCUCCCCCAGUGCCACCGCCGAUGAGCCGCUAGAACAGUAGCGUUAAGGGAAAGCCUACAGGGUGGAAGGAUCUACUUUCUUCUUGGCUUCACGUAGGGCCUGAGAUAGGCAGGACCUGAAAUGGAAACUGGCUCACUCAGUCUCAGCUGCAUGUCCUCUUCUUCUACUCCUUCCCUCCCCCAGCCCGGUGCGAUUCUCAAAAGAAUGCUCAGGUCAUAGUCCUUGGGGGUUGAGGGGAGGUUUAGGAGAAGUUUGUGCUUAGAGUAUAAAUGAAUCAGACCCACCUUGGUCCACCUUUCUUCUGGUUGUCCCUCCCUUUCCCCCUCCAACACACGUACACACUACAAUCCUCUCAUCUCUGAAAGACCAAAAUGCUCCAUGCCUCCCCCCCUGGCUGCGACUCUCAAAAGCAUUAUGCAAAAGCACUGUGUAGAUACUGUACAGGUUGCGCUGUCCUUCCCCCUCCCCUCCCCCCCUCCCCUCCCCGCACUUCAACCAACCAACCAACUUCGGCCUUUGUUUUUGUAUAAAGAAAAAGAAAAAAAAGGAAUGGGGGAAAAUAUUUUCCUUUUUUGAGCUUCGAUUUUGUUUUGUAAAGAAAAAAAAAUUACACAAUUGUGAAUUGUAGCUUUUCUAUGGGAGCGACUUUUAAUUUAACAGAUGAAAAUAUUUUGACGCUUAGAUUGAAGUUACUGUUUAUUUGUUUAUUUUUUGGGGGUGUGUGUUUUGUAUCAAGUAUUAAAAUAUGUAUUUAAAAGAA